AACAGGGGGCACCUACACUACAGUAUCCAGAGGGAAUAAUAAUUGAUACCUCCCUUGCUCUCUAGUCUUAUUCAUUUAAGAGGAACAAUGAGAUUAGGCUUAUGUGUUCUCAGGCUGACAGUGAAACUACAGAAGAAUUUAGAUGGUGGUUUGGCAAUUAGGAUGGGGUGCAACCAUUUCUUUUCACAUUAUUUGCUUAACUUUUUUUAAACCAAAAAAAUAGUAAUGGGUGGGGGGGAUUAGUGACUAGCUUCACUGGACACCCUAGACUCUGUACAGCCAUCUUUACAAAAUUGAAAAAUAUUUUCUUACUUUAUUAGCAUCAUGGAUUGCCUUUCUGAUAUGGAUUGCUCAUCCGAUGAGGAAGGAAACAUAUUACCAAACCUUAGCUGCUCAGGAGCAGGAACUGAGCAAAGUACUACUUCAACACUCUUAUCUGAUGACAACAAAGAGAUAGAUCUAGAUGACAUGCCAAGCUGCUCUACUGCAAGAGUUCAGGAAAGCACUAUAAUCAUUUCAUCUGAUGAUGAGACAGAUGACAUGCCAAGCUGUUCUACUGCAAGAGUUCAGAAAAGGUCUCGGCCAGAGUUCAUUCAGCCGAAUGAACCGAAGCGCGUGAAGACAGCCAACAGCCAGUUUGAAUGUAUGCUCUACCGGGAGAAAUGGCAUGCCAUCAAAGCCAGCAAAGCUUUCUUCAGGGAUAGCACAAGUGUAGCUUCACUGAUGCUAUCCACAGCUACCAAGGUAAACCCUGGUGUUCCAGUAGCAUGUGACGAUGAAUUCGCCUUUCUUGUGGAUACUUCCAGUCUUGAAUUUGACCAGGACCUUACAUGCGACGAGACCGGCAAAUACAAAAAACCCAGUUAUUCCCGAUGUGAGUUGGCCGUGGAUGGUGAACACAACAUAUUUUGGUUAAAAAUGGGUCCCAAGACUGGUACUGAAAGAUACACACUUCUCCGGAGGUAUUAUCCCCACCGUGAUACCCCUGGAUUUUUCAGGACAAUAUAUGAGCUACAAAGGGAUGGAGUGCAGAAAUGUCCAGUCGUCUUAAUACGAUAUGAGUGGAGAGGACAGAAGACAGCAUUAAGAAUGACGGUUCAUGGUCACUGCAGACAGAAUGAUAGCCCCUUCAUCCGAUCAAAGAAGGCCUUGAUUAUAGAACUGAAGAAGCCAUCAUGUCAGUCAGCACAGGACAAGCUGAACGAGAAGUUCAAAAUGCAUGUUGGUAGUGUGGGAGUAGUAGAUGCAUUUUCGUCAUUGCCUCGUGACAGGCAGCAGAUCUACCGGCACGGUACAGGAGGGAAGAAGCAAACUGAUUUCAACAAACUAAUUGAGAAGAAUGCAUCUGGAGAAUUUGUAAGGAGGUCAAUAUAUGUAUUAAAAUUUACCAGCAAGCACACAAGCUAAGCAGUUAGACACAUUAUUGGACACAUUGUUACACUUGUGACUUGACUGGUUACUAAUAUUUUUUGUCAUUGUGUGCAUGAGAUUAGUAUUUUUAGCCUACAUCAGUUGUUGAAAAGCAGUUUUACUAUUUCACUUCAUUCUGACUUACAUGAUUUAGCAUUUUCCAGAAAUGUGCAUCUGAUUACAGACAGUCCAUGUACAGACAGUCCAUGAUAAUAAGGAGGGUGACCUAAUAUCAGCUUACUGGUCUGUCCACUGUCAUGCUGCCCACAGUUGUUGUUUUUGUUUUUUUAAAUCAAAUUACUUGUGGAGAUAUCAUUUAUGGCAUGUUGCUGACCAUACUAAAGUCCAUGCUUGAAAGCAUAUUCCAGAUCUAAUCUUCACAUUUUGAACAUUGAUAGAAAUGUCUGGUAAUUCUAGAGGAGCAGGUUUACAAACAGGAGUAAAGAGCACUUAACAUAUAGCAGUUUGAUGUAAGUUUGAAUAGAACUUCGAUACUCUAACUUUGUUAAAUCAUUUCUGCACAUUUAUGCCCAGGUUUUAGACCACCUAAUUAAGUUACAGUGUCUUUUGCAAUUUUUCCAUGAGCAUUCAACCAAAAGCUCAAAAUGUGAUAUAUUGCUAUUAAUUUAUAGAUUUCUAUAGGGAAUAAUCAGCCAAUAUCAAACUCCUAGCUAGUUUGCAUAAAACCUUUACAACCGUUUCAUGAAAUUAGUUCUACAAUUUACUUUGUUUCUUGUAAUAUUUUUUACUUGUUUUGCUUGAUUGGUUUUUGUUUAUUUUUCACUUCCACUUGA